GGUGCAACGCUUCGGUGAUCGAAUGAGAGAUAAUUUAAGCAACUGUGGAUGAACUAUUCGAUGGGUAUAAAAACUGCACGUUAUUAGUGCAGAGGUAUCAUUCGUUUGUGAUCGGUUGUUCAGGUUACGUAGAGGAAGGCGAACAUGAAGUCGUUCAUUGUGUUCUUGGUUGCACUGGCCACGGUCAGCUGUAAGGCAAUCCAUGAUACUGAAUCGAAACAACAUGACAUCUGGCAGCUUGAAUUACCCCAGGAAAAUCACCAUCAGCAUGAACAGGAUCAUCAUUUCUCUCCUCAUGAAGAACAAAACCUUGAUGAAUACGAACAUGACCAUCAUCAUCAACACCAGAAUCUGAAUUACCCUUGGGAACCAAAGCAUGAAAUUCAUCAUGACAACCAUGACCAGGCUCAUCAUUACAGUCAUCAUGAGGAGAAUCAUCAACUAGAAAACGUCCAUAACCACCACCACCAGCAUCAAGUUCUGAGCCAUCGUUGGGAGCCAAAGAAGGAAGUGAAACAUGUCAUCACCGAAAAGGUUCCAGUCCCAUAUCCAGUGGAAGUGGAGAAACAUAUUCCAAUCCCAGUAAAGGUCCCAUAUAAGGUACAUACCGAAAAGCAGGUGCCAGUGGUUGUCGAAAAGAAGGUUCCAGUGUACUACGAGACGAAAGUUCCCAUCCAUGUUGACCGACCAGUACCGUAUCCAGUUCACGUUGAGGUUCCCAUCUACCAAAAGGAAUACAUCGAGGUGCCAAGAAAACACGAAGUUUUUGUUGACAAACCUUACCCAGUGUACGUGAAAAAUCCGAUCUAUGUUGAGAAGCCAAUGCCAGUCACGAUCUUAAUCAAGAAGCACGACAAGAAGCCAUUCUGGGGCUGAUCUUGUAUUCAGUAAUUAAAAUAGUUAAUUUAUUUAUAG